GAAAUCGACCUGUUUAUAACGGAUUUUUGGCGGCUUCGGGUGAUGUUGUGUCGUCUGGGUUUUAAUUGUCCGAAUAUAUGACAUGUCAUCCCAGUAAUAAUAUUUAUUUAUCGAAUAACCAUUGAGUGUAAAAUGAAACAGUUCGUCCAGUGAUACAGACCGACAAUAUGACGAAAAUGGUGACGAACGCACGGAAAGUUAGGGAGGUUAUGACUCUCAUCCUGAAUGAGGCCCAGAAGAAGAAGGAAGGUCAUCGUAAACUGAUGAAAAAAUUAAAAGAAUUGUAUGAAUCGUCGGACUUUGACGUUUUCAUCUCCGAGUUCCUGCGGUGCCUGAAGUACUCCUUCACCACGAUGGAGAAUUACCCGGCGACAGAGGCCAUCCUGAACUUCACAGCGAAAUUCGCAAUGAUGCUGCAGCCAACCCCAGACUCGUCGAACGAAGCAGCCCCAGAGAACGACGAUGAAGACGAUUUAAAUCCCUUCCUGCGGAACCUCCUUCAAUUCUGCCUGAAGCACCACGACGCAAUUUCCAUGGCAGUGAGAUACCGCUGCUGUUAUUUCAUAAAUCUCCUCCUCACGUCGAUGAAUGACGACGCGUACCUGAGCGACCAGACGUGUGAGAGCAUCCGAGAGGCGAUGGCCGAGUGCCUCCUGGACAAAUCCCCGAAGGUCCGGGUGAUGGCGAUCUACGCGAUUCACAGGAUGCAGGACCCCAACAGCCACGACUGUCCCAUCAUUAAAAUGUACAUCUUUCAUUUGUCGAAGGACGGCAGUGCUGAGGUGAGGAAGGCAGUCCUCCAGUGCACAGGGAAAAAUCAGAGAGUCCUGCUGGCAGUUCUGGAGAGGAUCCGCGAUAUCGAUGACUCAGUGAGAAGAUGUGCCCACCUCUUCUUCUCGAAGGUGACAGUGAAAUCUCUGACGAUAAAACAACGCCAGUUGGUCCUGAGAACUGGCCUGAAGGACAAUUCCGAGGGUGUGCGCAAGGUUGUCAGGAAUACGAUUAUUCCAAUGUGGCUGGAUGGCUUCCAGAAUGAUUUCUGCAAGUUUCUGUACGGUCUGGAUGUGGAGAUCGAGCCUAAACUUGGCUCCCUCGUGUUGGACACUCUCUUCGAGAGGACUAACCUUGACACUCUCUUCAGUCAACUGCCACUGAACAGAGAUGCCAAAUUGAUCCCAGUUAAGGAUCUCACUGGGGAGAAUGUCUUCUUCUGGAGGUGCUUUAUUCAGUAUCUCCACAAGAAGUCUGGGGAUGAAGCUGCGAGUGAACGACUGCAGGAUCUAAUUCCAGAGCUGUCGGCUUUCUGUCGGUACAUCAGAGACUUCCAGGAGGUCAUGAUGGAACUGGCCAGGGAACAGGGGGAUGAGGACAAAGAUGUGAAGACUCUGAAGAUGUCGCAGAAGUUCGUACUUCUGCAGCUGUUCGAGAUCACCAAGACUUAUGAUCUCGGUGACGAGGUGGGGAGGGGAAACCUCAGGACUUUGAUCGAGGACACGUUGAUGAGUGAACUAUGCACGACUGAGAUUAUUGAAAGUGUUGUCAAGUAUUAUGAGAAAGUUGUCCCUGAUGUGUCCAGUCGGGUGACGUCUCUUGCUCAUGUCAUCAGUGAGAUCAGGGUACCUACUCAGGAGACUGAGAGUGUUGUCGAGCAGGUGACUGAUGAGGAAAUCAGCGAGAGGGUGAUACAGUGUCAGAGAUUAAAAAAUACUCUCCUCGAAAGGCAAAACGAUCAAGAUCUCCUCGUCCGAGAGAAGAAAUUCACCGAGGCAGCGGAGGUCGAGAAAGAAAUGGAAUCGUUGAAGAAACAAAUCGAGCAGCUGUCGAAAUCCCGAACAGUGAUCGUUCCCCAGACACAGGAAGAGGCGAAGAAUGACCCUGAGACGAUGCUGAAAUGCCUGAGGAUCAUGUUCACAAUGGCCCAAGCCUCAUCAAUAACAACUCUCACAUCGACCCUCAGGAGUCUCUUCGAUAAUUUGGCAGUUCCUAGUAUCGACCACGAAGAUGGUGCUGUACAAGCCCAAGCCCUGCAAGCAGUAGGUGUUUGUCUUCAUCUCGAUGGUGAGCUUGCCAAGAAGCAUCUGAUGAUGUACCUGGUAGCGAUGACGUCGGAUCACGAGAAUCUGGAAGUCUGGAAAAUUUGUCUCAAAGUGAUAUUUGAUAUGUUCUUGCGGUACGGUCUCGAUCAUUUCCAGAAUAUGAUCAGCACGGACAGGAAUACGAGUAGCAGCGGAAAUAUCACGGAGAACAGCAGGCGACAGGGGACGAGGUUGUACAAUACUACUGCCGACACCACGUUGAGCCUGGAGACAGAGGCUGGUGACAACCGACACAAUUUGAUAAAAAUUCUGCUGGACCUGGUUGAUCACUUGGACAGGGAGAUUCGAACGGCGGCUGUCACGGGCUUCUGCAAGCUCCUUCUGCAUGGAAAACUGAAGAGCAACACUCUUCUGUCCACCCUGAUUAUUCGUCUUUACGAUCCGGUGUCUCUAAACGACGUGGAGUUACGUGGGGCCCUCGUCAAUUUCUUCAGGUUUUAUCCUCGUUUCGCACCAGACGGUUACACCUGCCUCCAGCAGGUCUUCAUUCCAACCCUGAAAAAGCUGGCGGAGAAUCCUUACAACAGUACUGACAUCGAUCCUUACAACGUUGCUAAGUUUAUCAUUGACCUGACCAGCAGUAGUCUUCAUAAACCAGGCAAGGAAAACUACACAGCUCACAAUCAGCUAGCCUUUGAUAUCCUGAAGGAAAUGACUGAUGAGGAAUCGGAAAUCGAUGACAAGACUCUCCUGAAAUCCCUGAAACAUUUGGUCAUUCGGUGUGACGACGAUAACAUGAGGAAUCGAAUGAGAGAGGCUGUUGAUGAAGUCAUAGAACUGGUGAAUUUGAACCAAAGGGCUGCCCUCAGGGCUCUCGAAGUGUUCAGGAGUCAGUUAGAUCCUCCUGAGGCUCCUCAGGGUGAUGGCCAACAAGCUGAACUAGAGAGAUCGCUGCAGGAGCCAAUGGAGCUGGAUGAGCCAGAGAAAUAAUUGUAGAAUCUUCAUGAUUUAAUCUAUUAAUCUAUCUGUUUAAUCUAGGAAUGUCGGCAAUUUUAUAAUUUUGUAUAAAUAUUUGAACAAUAGAAAAUCUACUGAAUUUUUUAA